GAUCUCCAACAUAAUUGCUGGCUGGCUGAUUAUUGUUGUCACAAAUUAAAAGUUGCUUAUAUUGGUGGGGUGCAGGCCUUUUUGCCUAUGAGGCAUGGAUCAAUGCUGGUAUCAUGGGACCAUCACCCGUUCAAGAGCUGAAGACCUCCUCUCUAAAGUGGGCAAGGAUGGGAGCUUCCUUGUGCGGGCCAGUGAGUCUAUCCCUUCAGCAUACGCCCUCUGUUUGCUGUAUCAGAACUGUGUUUAUACCUACAGGAUCCUACCUAAUAAAGAAAAUAAGCUAGUCAUCCAGGCAUCUGAGGGUGUUCCAGUCAGUACUUCAACAACCUGGGAUGAAGUGAUUGAGUUUUACAAGAAAGAAAAUAUGGGGCUAGUCCGGAGCCUAAAUAUCCAGUUCCACGGAAAGAGAGGAGGCAAACAGUGAGCUGAAGAGGAUAUGGAUUCUGUGUCUAUACCACCUGUAUUACCGCCGCGUAUUUCUGUGCCACUUCCAAUAAGUGAAGCAGUAGAAGAUCUUGGCCCAGAUGAUUAUGUCCACAUGGUCCAGAAACCAUCCCUUUCUGAGAUAUUACUCCAGCGAUUGCAGCAACAAGAUACUUGCAGUAUUUCAGAAGAGCACAUCAAACUCAUUCAGGAUUAUCUGAGGGUUCAUAUGUCUAGUGAUCUUGAAACAGCACAGCAAGGGUCUUGUAAUCUACCCCAGCUAAAGAAACUGCUCACAGGACUCUGCAAAAGCCUUUUCAGUGAAGUUUCCCGGAUUCUUCCUACACUGGAGUCCAUACAAAUGGUGUUUGACCAGCAACUGCCCUCUGGCACGCAUCAACACUCUCAGCCAUCUUAUGAAGCCAACCGUAAAAAACUUAUCCAGUUGACAAGUGUGCUCACUUCCAUUGAAGACAAGGUACCAUGAUUGAAAAAAAAAAUGUUGAUUGAAGACUGAUUCAACACACUCGGCGUUCUACUUAUCCCUCCUGUAACCUUCGAGGUGAAAGCAGACUUUCUUGGGAUUUCCUCCAAAAUACAUCUUAAGUUGAUUGAGAUGGGAAAACUCUUAUCAGAAGCUAAGGAUGGCCCUGAAGACAAGUUCUUUACCCACAAAAAAGUAAGCCUUCUACAGCUCAUCAAGUCUCAGAAGUUUCCUAACAAGUUGGUGAUCAUAUUGGAGACAGAAAAAGAGAAAACACAGAGAAAAGAAUAUGUAUUUGCUGAUUCUAAGAAGAGAGAAGGCUUCUGCCAACUUCUCCAACAAAUGAAGAAUAAACAUUCUGAACAUCCAGAGCCUGACAUGAUUACCAUCUUCAUUGGCACCUGGAACAUGGGUGAUGCUCCUCCACCGAAGAAGAUCAGUUCCUGGUUUCUUUCAAAGGGUCAAGGGAAGACCCGGGAUGACACCGCUGACUAUAUUCCCCAUGACAUCUAUGUGAUUGGCACGCAGGAGGACUCCCUGGGAGAAAGAGAAUGGCAAGAGAUUCUAAGACAGUCUUUGCACAAAAUUACCAGUAUCAGCUUUAAGGUGAUAGCAAUUCAUACUCUUUGGAACAUCAGAAUUGUUGUCUUGGCCAAGCCAGAACAUGAGAACCGCAUAAGCCACCUCUGUAUUGACAAUGUGAAGACUGGAAUUGCAAACAGAUUGGGCAACAAAGGUGCUGUUGGGGUGUCCUUCAUGUUUAAUGGAACCUCUUUUGGCUUUGUGAACAGCCAUUUGACUUCAGGAAGUGAAAAGAAACAGAGGCGAAACCAGAAUUAUACAAGUAUUCUGCGUUUUCUGUCACUCGGCGACAAGAAGUUGAAUCCAUUUAACAUCACUCACCGCUUUACUCAUCUCUUCUGGCUAGGAGACCUGAAUUACCGCUUAGAGUUACCCCCAACGGAAGCAGAGAACAUCAUCCAGAAAAUCAAACAGCAACAGUACACAGAACUGCUGAAUUCUGACCAACUCCUCAUGGAAAAGAAAGAUCAAAAGGUGUUUCUGCAGUUUGAGGAGGAAGAAAUAACAUUUGCCCCAACCUAUCGUUUUGAAAGGAACACCCGGGAGAACUACGUCUACACUAAGCAGAAAGCAACAGGGUUGAAAUACAACUUGCCAUCCUGGUGUGAUCGAGUGCUCUGGAAAUCAUAUCCCCUGGUGCAUGUUGUGUGUCAGUCUUAUGGAUGCACCACUGAUAUCAUGACAAGCGACCACAGUCCUGUCUUUGCCACAUUUGAAGUUGCUGUUACCUCACAGUUUGUUUCAAAGAAUGAUGAUAAAUACACAGACUCUUCAGGACAGAUUGAAUUCCUACACUGCAGUGCUACUCUCAAGACAAAAUCACAGACAAAAUUCUACAUUGAGUUCCACUCCAGCUGCUUAGAAAGCUUUGUAAAGAGCAAGGAGGGAGAAAAUGAGGAAGGAAAUGAGGGAGAAUUAGUGGUAAAGUUUGUUGAAGCCCUUCCUAAGCUUACACCCAUUAUUUCAGAUCCAGAGUACUUACUAGACCAACACAUUCUGAUCAGCAUCAAGUCAUCUGAUAGUGAUGAAUCUUAUGGUGAAGGCUGCAUUGCCCUUCAGAGUGGAGCCACUGAAUCCCAAGUGCCCAUCCAAACUGUACUCACACACCAUGGGGAAAAUACGGGUGUCUUCUACGGGGAAUUUAAACUACAAACAUCCCAAGGGAAACAGAGAGAAAAACUAUAUGAUUUUGUAAAGAUUGAACGGGAUGAGACUGCUGGACAAAAAACAGCAAAGAGCUGUGUAGACUAUUGCAGAGAGUGGGAGCAGACAAAUAGGGGUACUUCAUCCAACAGAAGAUCUACUCACUUGAUGGCCAAAGAAGCAGCAGCCAUGGCUCGCUUUCGAGGAACUCCAACAGUGUCUCUAGAUGAGCCAUGCAAAGAAGAUCUCUUGCGCUGUACAGCAGUCACAGAUACCAAUAAUACCAACUAUUUAUGGACUGCCACUGCCUCUCAGUCAUUCUCUGCAACAGGUCAGCUUAAACAGAUCCCUUCACCAGACCAAGUGCCUGCCUUCUGGAGUUAUGAUCCACAAUCCAAAGACAGCCCCUCUCUGAUGGGCCUAGAGUCUCCCACCACACCUUCCAAUCUGUCACCAGGCUUUCAAAAAACAUCCACUCAGCCUACAAGCAACCGAAAGGAUCAGCUAUAUGCUGAGGUGAGGAAAAGCAUGACGGAACCCUUGCUACCUGAAGCAGCAUACUCAAAACCAGAAAUGAUUGACAACCCAUUAUAUGACUUCACAAAAUCCAAGGACAAGCUGCAGUCUAAAAAGGAUCAGGAUUUUUUCAAGGUGGCACGAAAAGAACUCCCAACUCUUCCUGAUCAGAGCUUUCCUUUCACCAAGUUACAGGAGAGUGAGGCCAGCAAGCCUUCUGUCAAACAACAAUCUUCUCCACCUUUCCUCACCUCCACACCCAGAGUUCGCUCAUAUACCUGUUCCAGCCAUUCUGAGGAAAAGACUGCAGUGAUUGAAAAGACUCAGAACAGGCAGAGGUUCUGUGCCAACUUAGACCCUGGACAGCCAACAUUCAAGAAACCUGUCAAAUUCUCAAGGUCUGAAGUAGGGCAAAGCAAGCCUCCUCUUCCAUCAAAAAGCCAGGUAGUACUUGACAUGCAAAACACCAAGGGGCGUGAUUAUCGAGAAAGUUCAGAACUUCCCCACCACCACCACAGAAAACACCAAAGUGAAGAUGGGAGUGUCAGCAGGACAACUGUGCCGGUGGGUUUAUGA